ACCCUUUAGCACUGCACAUGCUCCCUAACUGAGCACGUGGCCCCUCAGUAGGUGAACUGCUCUGCUUCUUAGCGAAACAUGAAGUCCUUUUUGACGUGUGUCCUAGUAAUUUUAACAGCCACCGAGGGCUUUUCUUCCACAGAUAAUGCCGGCUGGGGAAUUCACGAUCCCUUCAGUAAUCCUAAGUUCAUGCAGCUAGCGCAUUACGCUUUGACUCGUCAGCCGAAUGCAGGCGGUAUUCCUGGUGUUGCAGUUCGACUACAUCAAGUAGCGACAAAGGGGACUGCCCAGCAAGGCAUCAGUUACCUUCUCAACUUUGACCUUGUGCCGCUAACCUGCUCAUCUCACCAGGUGCCAAGUUAUGGCAAUGGCACGACCGCUUCCAUGUACACUUCAGUCUUUUGCAUCAUGGGGGAGUCGAUGAACUCUUGUUCAGUGCUGGUGUACGAGGAGCCGUCGGCUAACGCUAUUCACGUUCUAGGAAUAGACUGCCUUCACUGAAACCACCGUUCGCUUCUCAAGGGAAACCAGCGCCGAAGCAAAUAAAUAUUUUAAGUGUGCAAAAAUGAU